GUACUAGUUUCGCAAGGUAGCGCUGUGUACAGGUCACGCCCAUGCGAAUGACGCAAUAGAACGUGGGCUUCCGGGAUUGGUCCACUUGGCCAGCUGGUACCAAACGCCGUGAUGAAAAUUUAAUUUCAAACGCAUUGUUCCCGUCUAGAAGUAUUGGCGGUAGAUUUCACAGACAGCUAGACCCUCGACACUUAACGUUCUGCGAGCAGAUUUCUGAUUAUUCGGGAUGGCAGCUACGGUUGACUGUAGUGCGCUGUCAGUGUUGCACGUGUUGUUUGUUUUGGUGUUGUUGUUUACAACCUGUGCACGCGCACAAAAAGAGCAAAAGCUCGGCAGUAUCAAGUUUUCCGGGCCAGACGUGAACAGUGAGGAGUCCGAGUCUUUACACAUGCCGGACUACCUGAAGUGUGACGCCUGUAGAAUCAUAGCUUACAAGUUCACAGAAACUCUGGAGAAAGUUACCAAGAAGAAAACCAAAGCCCUGAGUGAGUCUGAGAUCAUCGACACAUUCGAGGAGGUGUGCGAAGGUUCCUGGGACGACUAUGGUAUCAAGGAGGUUGAUGGUUUGAAGAGACUGUCUGGUCCUGGUUUAGAGACUAAAGAUGUACCUGGAGUCAUGCAGGGAGGAGGAAAAUGGCCUUUCAGGUUGAAGGAGAUGUGCUUCAACUAUGUUGGAAAUGAGGGUGAGGAAGAGCUGUACGGCAUCUUUAAGAGCAAGAUGACUCUGGAGAAGUUCUUGUGUAAGGAGAAAAACGGACCCUGUCACCCCAAGAACAAGAAAGUCAAGAAAGUAGAGGAAGAAAAGGAAGAACUGUGACAACAUCUACAUCAUUAGCCUGUGUUACAUGAUCUCUUGGGGGCUGAUUGUGCUUCCUCCAGGAGAGGAGGGGUCUGACCAGUACUUAUGAUUAAUUAUGUUAAUUUACACAUUAACACAUGGUGUUACACUUUGGUGACCAGUACUUAUGAUUAAUUAUGUUAAUUUACACAUUAACACAUGGUGUUACUUUUUUGUACAGAAAUGAAUUGCCCAACACUCCAUUUUUUCCACCGAAAAAAAGAGAUUGUUAAAAUUUCUUAUUGUACAAUCAUUUAGAUUUACUUGAGGCGUGGUAAAUCAUGUGUCAUACUCAGAUUUUAAAAAGAUUAAUGUUACAUCAUUAUAGCAGCUUGUAAGUGUAGUUAUUAACAAGGGCUUGUGACUGUUCUAGCUGAAUUUUGUGGAGGAGAGCAAAAUUAGAAUAUUUUUUAUCAGAGAAAGUUGAUAUAUGUUGGUGAUAGGAAAAUGAUGUUAGAGACUGAAAUAAAUGGGUCACAGGAUAAAUACUAAUUUUGAUGCAAGCACGGUGAGAUGGGUAUUCAAAAGCAGUUGUGUCAAAAGUGUCAAAUAGUGGAAAUCAGUAAAUUUGAAAUAUUGGUUAUACAACGUGCUUAGUAACAAAUGGAGGGAGAUUCAAAAUGUGCAAUCAACUAGGUAAAAAUUAUUGACACCUUAUGUUUGCUUUUUGAGGGGAGGAUUGUCCAUAAAUGUCUUGAAUGGAAUUACCCUGGAAUAUUGUUACAGUAGCAUUUACAUGUUUACCGAUGCAUCAAUCUGCAAUAAGUUUGGCACAUAAUAAUGUCUAUGGAAUGUAUGCGUAUACCGUAUAGGGUUAUCCGCUUUACUGUUGCCUUCAUCAAUUUUUCAAUGUAAUACAAGUAGUUUGAUUUUUGUAUGAGAGCUAUAUGGAAAUGCAUGUGUGAACCACUGAAUUGUGUGUGUGGCAAAUUUUUGACACUGUCUUAUCACCAAACGAAACUAUUCCUAAGGUUAUGUCUGUUUUGGUGUUUUAUGGUAUCUAUUAUAAUAUUACGUUUCUUCAAGGACAUUAAAUGGUUUGUGAAGUGGGCAGGUGUUAACAUUAUAUGUUCUAUUAUAGUAUCUUCAAAUAAAAGCAGAGAUAGCUUUUAAGUUUUUGUUUCUUACUGAAAAAACAAACUGGUAGGCUACCCAUGUGAUAUUUUCUUACAUUAACUAUGUUCUAGCAUAUUGAACAUGUAAAGUUAUCUGUUAGACGUUAGAAGGAGAAAUGCUGACCAUAGCAAAAACCUGAAGACUAUAAGUUACCUUUUUUUGGUUUGCAACAGGCAUCUGGGUGAAUGAAUGAAUGAAUGAAUGAACGGACUCAAUAGUUGUACCUGGUGUAGUGAACUGCAACAAUAACAAAGUAAUCAACACGAUCAUACUCUUCUCUUCU